AUGUAUGCACUUGUGUGUUGUUUCACGGCAGAAUUCAGAAAUUUCAGUUUUUCUGAACUGAAGGCGGUUACAAAAAACUUUUCUGAAAUGAUUGGCAAAGGUGGUUCUGCUAUCGUUUACAAGGGUGUAUUGGCCAAUGGAGCAGAGGUUGCCAUCAAGAGUUUCAUUGUGGAUCCUUCGCAACAUGAACACGUAGUGCGUUACGCCGAAGUUUUCUCAGUGCUGAGGCAGCAUGAGAAUGUAGUUAAAUUUCUGGGAUAUUGCCAUGAAACAAAGAUUCAAAUGGUUCCGAUCGAAGGCAAAUGUGUGGCUGCUGAAAGGCGUCAUAUGUUUGUGGUGGAAGAGUACAUGCCCAAUGGAAACUUGUCCGAGAUUAUCGAUGGGUCGUCGCGGCAGCUGGAUUGGACCUCCACAUUUCGAAUCAUUCGAGGCAUUGCACAGGGCGUAGCUCACAUCCACACCAAAGGCGCUGUCCACUUGGAUCUGAAACCAGCCAACAUCCUCUUGGAUUCCGACAUGAACCCGAAGAUCUGUGACUUUGAGAGGUCCAAAAUACUGAAUCAAAAGGAUGAAGAUGUCGCUGAAAGAGUGACACGAGAGUUGGCGGGAACACUGGGCUAUUUACCUCCAGAAUACAUAGCAGAUGGUAUUUUUUCGUUUAAACACGAUGUGUUCAGCUUUGGUAUUCUCCUGCUCCAUACCAUUAGCAAGUCUGGACUUUUGCAAGAUUCAACUGAUUGGGUUCGGCACGCACUUGAAGGACAAGAUGAUGUGGAUGGCUUAUUAGGUCCUUCAUCGCGUGACAAGUACGAGGUAAUGGAAAUACAAAGAUGCAUGGACAUCGGACUGCAAUGUGCCGCAAAGGAGCGGACAGACAGACCAACCAUGUGGGAUGUUGUUGCCAUGCUAGACGGCACUCUAACAAAGGCUUCUUCGUUUAAGAAGAAAGGCAAGACAUGA